CAUACCUCAUUCAUACAAAAAAUUCUAAUGCGAAAUUGUAAAUGAAACAAAUGAAAAUUAUCACUAAUUUAUAAAUGGAACCAAAACAAAGUUAAUGCAGUGGAUUUAAUUAAAAAUGUUAAAUUAUUAAAUGUUAGCUUGUAUUAUAAAAACACGAGUAAACAGCACAAACCGACAUGUUCAAAAGUCGAGGCGAUAUUGUUUAUAAAUGUACAGUGCGACUUUUAGAGGAUACAGAGAUAUUAGAAUGUGAAUUCCACCCGAGUUACAAGGGCAAAUACUUGCUAGAGCAUGUAUGCCAACAGUUGAACCUCACGGAGACUGACUAUUUCGGGCUGCGAUAUGUGGACGCCGGCGGUCAGAGGCACUGGCUGCACAUGGCGAAGUUAAUAUUGAAACAAGUCAAAGAUGCAUCGCCAAUACUGUUCAGUUUCCGGGUGAAGUUCUACCCGCCCAACCCGCUGCUUCUCAAGGAAGAUGUCACGAGGUUCCAGAUCUACCUGCAACUGAAGAGAGACCUGCUACAUGGGAGACUUUAUUGCACUUCAAAUGAGGCAGCUAUGCUUGGAGCCCUAAUUAUCCAAAUUGAGCUUGGCGACUAUGACCCGAACAUCCACGUGGGUAACUACGUCACAGAAAUGAGACUGCUGCUCAGACAAACAGACGCUAUUGAAGCUAGGAUACAAGAGUUACAUAGGGAGCCAGUGGAGGGUACUCCGGGGGGCAGCGGGGGCGUGAAAGGCAUGUCCACGCAGGAGGCCGAGCGCACUUUCCUCAAAAUUGCGUGCCAACUUGAUACUUAUGGCGUCGAUCCUCAUCCUGUUAAGGAUCAUAGAAGCAAUCAACUUUACCUGGGCAUCAACCACAGCGGCAUCCUCACGUUCCAGGGCAGUAGAAAAACGCACCAUUUUAAGUGGAACGAAGUGCACAAGAUCAACUUUGAGGGUAGAAUGUUUAUUGUACACCUCAACUAUCCCGAGAAAAAGCACACAGUGGGUUUCAAGUGUCCCAACGGUCCGGCGUGUCGCCACGUGUGGUGCUGCGCCAUCGAGCAAAUGCUGUUCUUUACAUUGGCGUCAUCAUCCGACGCAUGCGUAUACUCCGGUGGGGGUCUGUUCUCAUGGGGCACCAAGUUCAAAUACGUGGGACGCACAGAGCGGGAGAUACUAGAGCGAGAUGGACUACUAGCGCCAAGAGAUUCACAGGAGGAGGGCGGUGGUAAGCGGAAAGCGUCAAGCGUCCCCGCGACGCCUUCAACUCCCAUGACGGGCGACUUCGGAUACAGCAGCCUACCUCGAUCAACGCACAGUGCACCUUUAGAAGAAAGUGGGGGCCUAGCAGGGGGGGCCGAGAUGUGCAACGGGGCUUGCCUGCUGGCCGGGCCCGCCGUCGACAUAGCGCUGGCCCCACAGGAGCUGAGGGCUCAGGACAAACCGGUCCCCUUCGCCUCCGAAUACAUUCUCCGCGACUCGUGCCCCUCCUCCUCCGAGUCGGGCGGCACGGGCGCCCCGCCCCCCGACGACUGGCGUCCCCCUCCCGCCCUCCAGCCGCCCCCUCGCCCCUUCUCCCUCUUGCGCACCUUCAUACCCUCCUUCCUAUUCGUGUGGUUGUCCUUGGCUUUGAUCGCCUUGCUUGUGUUUGAAACUGAUUGGGCGUUGUUCAGACCGUUGAAGAGGAAACCGGAGUUGGUGUCGCUGAGACAUCAUUACUAUGCGCCGUUGAAGGAGUAUUUGAAGAAAAAGGUGUUGGAGUUCUUCUGAUUUUAUCGAGGUAGGAGGUUUAAUUUGCGCGUAGGGUAUUAAUAUUAAGGCGUCUCUGGAUGGCAGUUAAUCGGCUAAAAGCGUAAGUUUAUACAGGUGAUUUCAUUGUUUAAAACUAAAUAUUAAAUUUCUCGCGUGCUCUAACCGAGUUGUUAUAGUAGCGACAUCUUUUGUGAAAAAUGAGCAGUUUUUAGCUUCAUUGACUCCUGUUUUCUUAUUAGCAAUCAUUUCAAUUGGCUGCCGGUUAAUUUUAUUCCACAAAUCUUGACGAAAUAGAAAAUAUACUUCUUUCCUUUUUGAAUUAUGUUUCUUAAUUCCCGGCCACAUAUAUACUUAAUACACUUCUAUAAACUUAUACUUUUGUUAGCAAAUAUUCGCGUAAAUAAGACCAGUUAACGGAGACUUUGUAAAUGAGGUUGUCAUUUCCAAAAAAAACCAUGCCCUGUGAGAUUUGUACGAUAGGAAAAAGUCGGUUGUAAAAUAUAGUAUAGCACGGAAAUAUUUUAGAAGUAGGUACGUAUUUUCGAACGCUGGCAUGAGAAUGUCGGAAUCUGAACGCUUUUGAGAAAAAAUGUCGUGACUUUCAUUUGUCUUUAAGGUCUAGUGUCAAAUUUAAGUCCGAGUGCAAAUGCGACGGAAUUUCGGUGCUUUAAUAUCUGUUAUUUCUAUCUGAUAAUUAUCCUUUAUUUGGAAUGUUCUUCAGUUCCUAGUAAUUAAAAAAUGUAAGAGGUAUAAAAUAAUAAAAAUGCACAAAAAACAUUUAGGUACUAGAUAAAACACACAACUUGUAACUUAGAAAUAUCUUAGUAACCAUAUAAAAAGAUAAAUGGUCGAAACAGGCCAAAAUGGCCUCUUGAAAAUAUGCUUUAUAAUUAUGCGACAGCCUGUAAUAUAUAGGUACUAAAUCUAUUUCAAAUCAACGUAAGUAUAUUGCCCUGGUAGAGAGAAAUGAAAGUCACUUAAUUUUUUAUAAAUAACAAAGUACCUUAUAAAAACUCUAAACAAAUCUUUCAUCCACCUUCUUUUUAAGCUUUUGCCAAACGAAAAAUCCAUGAUGUAACAAAGAAAUAAAUAAUAACUAUGUAUAAAAUAACUGCUGACUAUAUCUAAUACUAGUUCCUUUAAAUGGACCCGAAGUGCAACAUUUAAAAUGUUCUUAGAGGAUUCCGGAAGUGAUUAUCUAGCUAGGCUUUAAUAAGUACGAAAUUCGAAACUA